AUGCGAUACAAACACAAUGACAGACAUUUCGCUCAGCCGUCGAUCGGGCGGUCAAUGGAUGGCAAAAGUGUUGCGCUUUUGCUGUUAAUAAUAGCCGUCAUUCACAACGACCUGAAUGUGGGCCACAAUGAGGUGCUGUGCGGCGAAGCGGUCGACACCGACGGCUACUACACGCUGUUGGGGGUCACCAAAGGGGCCGACAAUCGACAGAUCAGGAAAGCGUUCAAACAGUUGGCACUCACUAAACAUCCCGACAAGAAUCUGAAUGACCCGAAAGCUCACGAAAACUUCUUGAAGAUCACCCGCGCCUACGAAGUGCUUAAGGACGACGAGAUGCGCAAAAAGUACGACACUUACGGCGAAGACGGCCUUAAAGAGGACGGCGGGGCCGGCGGUCGUUACCACUCGUGGAAGUACUACAACGAAGAGUUCGGUAUCUACGACAACGACGAAGAGAUCAUCACUUUAGGCAAAAACGAUUUCGAGCAGUCGGUCACCAAUAGUCCGUACGUUUGGUUCAUAAACUACUAUUCGCCCCAAUGUUCCCAUUGUCACCAUUUGGCACCCGAUUGGCGCCGUCUCGCCAAACAGCUCGACUCAGUCAUCCGUAUCGGUGCCGUCAACUGCGAGGAGGAUUGGGUGCUCUGUCGUCAACAGAAUGUCCGCUCCUAUCCCUCUCUCAUCUUCUAUCCCGAUCACGAGAAAUAUGAUGGUAAACGUGAGACCGAAGCGAUGGUUGAGUACGUGUUGGAUCGCAUGCAUCCAUUGGUGGUGACGAUUGAUAAAUACAAUUUACAGUCAUUUUAUACUUCAUCCCAAUCUAAUGAACGCACAGACCAUUCAUCGCAAACAAAGCCAUCCAAUCGUUGGUGGCUUUUAAGCGUUUGUUACGAUAAUAAAGAGUGUAUAUUCUCUGACGUCCAGAAGAUGGUGGCCAUAAUGUUGGAGAACGUGGUAAAUGUGGCGCAAGUAAACUGUGAUAGUAGUAAUGAUAACGAGGUGUGCGAGCACUUCGGUAUCACUGAAUCUAAGGUCGUUUUGUUCGCCGACAUCAACGAAGAUCACAGGAACUACUUCGAGAUCGCGGGCGCCGACCAGUCGAUCGAAGCCAAACACAUAUUCAAAGCGGUUCUCUCGAAGUUACCGAAUGUACGCAAACUGUCGGCCAAAGACGUGAAGACAAUAUGGGACGAGUUAAGCGACGACCGAUCGCCGCCGUCUGAUCCA